AUGUCAAUUGAUUCUUAUAGUUUAGAUAAACUUCGCAGUACAUUAAUUCGUUUAGAAGACACGAUUAUCUUUGCUCAAUUUGCUUUAAAUCCUUGUGUUUAUGUUAACGGUGCUUUGGAGUUUAAAGGUGCAACUGGAGAUAAAAACUUUUUGGAGUAUUUUCUCUGGGAAACAGAAAAAGUUCAUGCAAAAGUUCGUAGAUAUACAAGUCCAGAUGAAUAUGCAUUUACAUCACCGUUACCUGAACCUAUUCUUCCUCCUUUGGAAUAUACAAAAUUUCUUGAACCUAACACUAUUAAUGUAAACGACAAAAUUAUGUCCAUGUACGUAAACUGUAUUACUCCUGCAAUUUGUGAAAACUCUGAUGAUAAGAACUAUGGAAGCGCAGUUACAAAAGAUAUUGAAGCACUUCAAGCAUUAAGUAAACGUAUUCACUUUGGUAAAUUUAUUGCAGAAUCAAAAUUUAGAUCUAAUCCUGAUGAAUAUAUUCAACUGGCUUUGAUUGAAGAUCGAGUAAAGAUUAAUGAAUUAUUAACAAAUAAGACAGUGGAAAAACAAGUGCUACAGAGAUUGCGUCGAAAAGCGUUAGUCUAUGGUCAAACACUAGAUGAGGCACAAGAGGGUACAAGUAAACAUUUACGCAUUCCUGUUGAUGUAGUUGUUGAUCUAUAUGAACAAUGGGUAAUCCCUUUAACAAAAGAAGUUGAAGUAGAUUACUUGAUAACUAGAGGAAAGAAUGCAGCCACUAAAACGAAUUAG